UGCCCCAUGAAAAGGGACCCUUCCAUAGCUUCUGCUUGUGAAUUUUUGUUGAAGGCUUGAAGCAAUUGAACUCCUCCAAUCCUUCUAUUUGUGAAACAGAAAGAUGGGAGCUUUCACACUACCCAAAUCCCAAACCCCUCAAUUCUUCCCUCUAAUUCCCAACUCCACAUUCCACCUCUCUGUUCCUAAUCAUCUUUCAUGUACUUCUCUCGCCGUCUCAAGGAAACUCUCCUUACACUCUCUCUCAGUCUCAGCUUCUCUUUCUUCCUUCUCUCCUUCCACCCAACAAGCGCAAGAAGAAGAUGAUGAGCUCGUUAUCGGCGACUGCGUUGUCUUUGAAGAGGGUAUCUUCGAAGACCCUUACCUUCAAGACAACUUCAAUAGGAAUAAACCCAGCAAGAAGAAAUCGAAGACAGUAAUGGAGGAGAGUUUGGUUCCAGAUAAAUGGAAGGAAUUGCAAGCUGAAAUCAACUUGACAAAGAAGGAGAAGCGUAGUAUUGCUCAGGAAUUAGAAUACGGGAGAAAUGUCCAGAAGAAGAAGCCUGUGGUCCAUUUUAAGGAUACGGUGGCGUUCUUGACGUAUCGGGAGGCUAAGUUGUCGCAGUUGAACCCCGUGGUUCUUGAUAAUCCUGCUUAUCCUUUGAAAGAGCAGGUGGAUGAAAAUGAAGAUAAAGAUGUGUCUGAAAUGGGUUCCUCUUCAAGUGGCAGAGUGCAACCUAGGAACCCUAGGAAAGCAGUUUAUGGAGGUACACUCGAAGACAUUUCAGAGUUCUUUAAUAGUGGGAAAUAUCAGCCUGGAGAGAUCUCUGGCAAGAAAUCUGAAGGUCGUAAGUUGUUCACUAAAGAAGAAAAGGUUCUUCUGAAUAAGCGCAUACCAAAUUUGGCUGAUGCAACCUGUGGGAAAUGGCUGCCUCUUCACACUCUUGUUGCAUCUGGAGAGUUUUACCUGGUGGACUCUUUGCUGAAGCACAAUGUUGAUAUCAAUGUCACUGAUAAGGAUGGCUUGACUGCACUUCAUAGAGCCAUAAUUUGCAAGAAGCAGGCCAUUACCAAUUAUCUGUUGAGAGAAAAUGCAAAUCCUUUUGUCCGUGAUGAAGAAGGGGCCACAUUGAUUCAUUACGCCGUCCAAACUGCAUCGAGUCACUCAAUUAAAAUCCUUCUGUUGUAUAAUGUUGAUAUAAACCUUCCAGAUUAUGAUGAGUGGACACCAUUACAUCUCGCUAUUCAAGCCCGAAGAACAGAUAUAGUGAGGCUUUUGUUGAUUAAAGGAGCUGAUAAGACGUUAAAAAACCGGGAUGGUUUAACUCCACUUGACCUGUGUCUCUAUUCUGGUAGAGACACAAGAACUUAUGAGCUCAUCAAGUUAUUAAAGCAGCUACCGAAGUUGCCAUGACUGCCGUUUUACUCUCUAGUUUUGCAUUUUUCUUGCCUGCCUUUUUCCAGAUGCGGCUUAAAGUUGCCCACCCAGAACUAAAAGCACCUUGUGCUGGAUCACUGCUUAUCCGAAAGGAAUAAAGCAGUUUAAGCCUAAAGGUAAAUACCCACUUUAUUUACUGGAAUACCCUUGUUGUAAUGAUAUUUUUCUUUUCUGGCUAUGGACUUUUCACUUCCCAAACAAGAUUAUAGGUAUCGGUAUUCAUAUCGAUCUUGUUCGAUA